GCGCGAGCUGCGGCCGGCGCCGCUGCAGAGCCGAGCGAAUCCCGAGCCCAGGCAGCAGGUACCAUUUUGUAUGUCUUGUAAGAACUCACACUUAGAAAUGCUGACGGCAGGCUUCAAGACGGCUGAGCCCCAGGAGACACUAAGAAAACCCAUGGCUCUGGUUGCAUCUUUCAACAUGACCAAUCCACAGCCUGCCAUAGAAGGAGGAAUUUCUGAAGUUGAGAUCAUCUCCCAACAAGUAGAUGAAGAAACCAAGAGCAUUGCUCCCGUGCAGCUGGUGAACUUUGCCUAUCGUGACCUGCCCCUGGCUGCGGUCGACCUCUCCACGGCGGGUUCGCAACUCCUGUCAAAUCUGGAUGAAGAUUACCAAAGAGAAGGGUCUACCUGGCUGAAGCCGUGCUGUGGGAAGAGAGCAGCCGUGUGGCAGGUAUUUUUGCUCAGUGCGAGUCUCAACAGUUUCCUGGUAGCCUGUGUAAUAUUGGUGGUGAUUCUCCUGACUCUGGAACUUCUAAUAGAUAUAAAGCUUCUCCAGUUUUCCAGCGCAUUCCAAUUUGCCGGCAUAAUUCACUGGAUCAGUCUGGUCAUUCUUUCUGUGUUCUUCUCAGAGACUGUUCUGCGGAUUGUGGUGCUUGGGAUCUGGGAUUAUAUUGAAAACAAAAUCGAGGUGUUUGACGGGGCUGUGAUCAUCCUGUCCUUAGCCCCAAUGGUGGCGUCCACCGUGGCCAAUGGGCCCAGGAGCCCCUGGGAUGCCAUCAGCCUCAUUAUCAUGCUCCGGAUCUGGCGGGUGAAGAGGGUCAUUGAUGCUUACGUCCUGCCGGUGAAGGUGGAGAUGGAGAUGGUCAUCCAGCAGUACGAGAAGGCCAAGGUCAUCCAAGAUGAGCAGCUGGAGAGACUGACGCAGAUCUGUCAGGAGCAAGGGUUUGAGAUCCGGCAGCUGCGGGCGCACCUGGCGCAGCAGGACCUGGACCUGGCUGCGGAGCGCGAGGCGGCGCUGCAGGCCCCUCACGUCCUCAGCCAGCCGCGCAGCCGCUACAAGGUGGUGGAGGCCGGCACGUGGGCCGAGGAGACGGCCACCGAGAGCGUCGUGGAGGAGCUGCAGCCCUCACCAGGUGCCGCCGUGAGAGACGACAUGAACAGCUACGUCAGCCAGUACUACAACGGGCCCAGCAGUGACAGUGGUGCCCCAGAGCCAGCCGUGUGCGUAGUCACCACAGCCGCCGUUGACAUCCACCGGCCCGAUCUCUCCUCGGACCUCUGCUUGGUCGACGUGGCUCUAAAGCCCAGCAGCAGUGGCACGUGUGCCAGUGCCACGUCCGAGAGCGCCUCCUGCUCGACUCGCAGCUCUGUCACCCGGGCCCAGAGUGACAGCAGCCAGACGCUGGGCUCCUCCACAGACUGCAGCACCGGCCGCAAGGAGCCGUCCUCAGAGCCCGGCCCCUCUCCUCGGCCACUGCCGCCACCACCCCAGCAGCAGAUGGCAGAGGCCGCGGUCCAGGACCUGCUGUCCUCCCUGUCGGAGGACCCCUGCCCGUCCCAGGGGGCCUUGGACCCAGCCCCUCUCACCUGGCCCAGCCCCGCGGGCUCGGCCCAAAGCAGCCCUGAGCUGGAGCCCAGGGUAAGUCUUUUCAACCAGAAGAAUCAGGAGGGCUUCACAGUCUUUCAGAUCAAGCCUGUCAUCCACUUCCAGCCUGCCGCACCCAUGCUGGAGGAGAAGUUCAGAUCUUUGGAAUCCAAAGAGCAGAAGUUGCACAGGGUCCCUGAAGCCUAGAGCCUCCAGCUGGGCUGGGUGGGAGGAGGGCCAAGAGCUAUCUGGAUGCUCUCCGAGGGCCCCGGAGGCCACGGGGGGCCACACGCAGGGCCUCCCCCAGGGUGCUGCUGCCUGCCUCCAGGGAGGUGUCACCGAGCCAGGAGGCCACAUGCCUCAGACCUCAGAGCCCAGAGCUGGCGUCUCCUCGGGCCCUGCUCAGGGGAGGGUGGUGCUCAUGGCUGGGGUCUUUUUAAACCAUUUUUACAAAAACCAGCCUGUGGCCCAGCUUCAGCAGGGUAGAGCGCAGGGACCAGCCCAGCCUCUUCGUGGCCUUCGUCCCUGGCGCCCACCCUGGAGCCCUGGGAAGAGCACUGUGAGCAGGGGCUAUCUAGCCCCACCCCCAGCCGUCUCGUCUUUUCCCGGAAUCCGGGGUGGAGCCGACACAGUCACACAGAGACCACCAUCUGAGACCGCCA